AUGGCCACGCCCUUGCGCCGUAGCGCUCGCGCGCGUCCACAGAGCACACAGAAGACCUCUCGCCAGCCAACGCCCGACUCUGACGAGUCUGAAAUCCGUGUCCCAGACGACUCUGACUCUGAGGAUGAGUAUGUCGACGAUGGCGCCGAAGCCGAGGUCGAAGAAGACGAGGGGAUGGAGGUGGAUGAGCCGGAACCCGAACCCGAGUCUGAGGAUGACGAAGAGGAAGAGGAUUGGGCCGACGAGGAGAAACCCAAGCGCGGAAAGGGCAGCAACGUGACUCCUCGUACACCCAAGACACCCAAGACGCAGCGUACACCCCGCGGCGUCCGUCGUGCCAACCUCACUCCUCGAACCGAUGCUGGACGACGAAGCACGGCUACUGCCUUGUCCAACUCGACUCUCAACGCCUACCCGCCCGCGUACCGUGACUUGCUGCUCCAGAGCGCCAACAGCCUCACGCGCAAGGACGGUGGCGAGCGCCCACCACCGCCGACACUCAAAGCACCCAUCUUCCCCCUCGGCGUGGUCACCCCCUUCAGUACGCAUCUCGCCAGCAUGCCCCGUAGGGAGCAAGUGGCCACUUUCAAGAUCACGCCCGACGACAGCCCGCACAAGGAAUCCCGUCGUGAUAGGAUGCGCGAGAAGGCCAAGCGCGUCGCUGUCAUCCCUCCUUGGCAGGCAUGGGAGGGCGAGGGUUGGUGGCCUGAGAUGUGUGCUGGGGAGGCCGGCGAGGGCAAGGGAAAGGGCAAGGCCAGCUCGGUGGCCGGACCCGUCGAGGGAUGGCAGUGGCGCUCCGAUGUCCGUCUCGGUCUCGACGGUGUGGGACGCGACGCGGCCAAGAACGUCAUUCCCGCCAGCGAGGGACGCAAAUAUGUCCCGUCCGCGGGCCCUGUUCAUCUCAACAUUGCCUCGCUCAAGUCAGAGAAGACUGUCGAGCUCAAGCAGUUUGACACUACCCCCAUUGACGCGUUCAUUUCGACCGGUUUCAUCGUCGCCGCUGGCGCACCAGUCUGGGGUCUCGACUGGUGUCCAUACCCCGACCGCCUGGCUAUAGAGCACGGUGGAGAGCAGUAUGUCGCUCUGAGUACGAUUCCUGAGGACAUUCAGCCGGCGAUCGGUGCUCGCUGCUCCCCAGAUGCUCCGGGUUCGAUCCAGAUCUGGUCUGUUCUGGGCCCCGAGGCGGGCGCCUCGUCACGACCCGAGGGCAACACCGCAUGCGAGAUUGUGCUCUGCCUCUCGGGUGGCCCCGCGCUAGACAUUCGUUGGAUGCCCCUUGGCGCCUGGGACGAGAUUGGCGGCGACGGUGUCCCCAAGAUUGGUAUCCUCGCCGCUGUUCAGCUUGAUGGCAGCCUCGCGUUCUAUGCCGUACCCCACCCUCGCGUCCUGCGUGACAAGGUUACCGAACCCGGCCCAACAUACCUGCGUGCUGAGCCUCUUCUCAAGCUGAGCAUUGCGGACGCCGCUUGCACCUGCAUCCAGUGGCUCUCUGGCCACCGCAUUGUCACUGGUCUUGCCAAUGGCCACAUCGUCGUGUGGGAUAUUGUCGAUGCGCUCAUCUCUCCGCCAUCCGAGCCCCCGCUACCAUCCAUCUACGCCACGGUUGCACUCUCAGCUAUCCGUUCUCUCUCGACCGGACGCUGCCCGCCGACCGACGCCGAUGGCGACCUCGAUUACUCUGGCGAGGCACUAUACGUUGCCUUUGGUGCAAUGGACGGCACCACCGGUGUGCUCGACAUGCGCGACCCCAGCAAUGUGGUUGAACUGAACCGCUCGCGACUGCCCUGUAUGGCCACCGCGUGGUCGCACCAUGUCGGCGUCCCGCUGUAUGCUGAUGUCGACUACAUGGUCAUCAUGGCCCAGACGCGCGCCAACCUCGGUCCUGCGACCUAUUAUCUCACCCCACACCGUGGUCCAGUAUGGGAAAUCAGCACAUCAGACUACCACACCAUGGUCGCCUCAGCGGCCAGCGACGGCUCGGUCCUUGUGUCAAACUGCGGCACAGGCUUCUACCGUCGCAAGCAAGGCGGCAUGCUCUUCCAACGCCUGUACGAGCUCGACUAUGACGAGCACACACACCAGUACAGGAUGACGGACAACUAUCGCGCCGAAGCCUCUGGUCUGGAGGAAGCCACCUCCAAAGCCACGCACAAGAACUCGCGCACAAAGGGAAACCGCGCCGAGGCCAUGGCCCCGACCACAGGGGACGCGGCAGUGGUCAAGUCUGGUGCUUGGAGUAAGCGGGUGGCGGCACACCGCGUCGCGUGGCAGAGUGGAGCGGGCAUGGCGCGUGCAGGCUGGAUCGCGAGCGGUGGUUGGUCGGGUAUUGUGCGCGUCGAGCAGCUGGUGGGCAAGUGGCUGCCACAGCCCAAGUAG